AUGACGACUCUCUUUCGAGCUCAAGAUUUUUGGGAUCUUAUUGAAAAGGGUGUUCCGGAGAAAGAAGAUGAAGCCAAGACAAAGGACAACAAAAAACGAGAUGCCAAGGCUAUCUACCUGAUUCAACAAGCAGUAAUUCGCUUCUGUCAUUCCGGCAAGAUUUUCGAGAAUCUGCACAUCAAGAAUGGUGAGCUUGUUCAAGAUUAUGUAACCCGAGUCGGGGAGUUGGUGAAUCAGAUGAAGUCUCUUGGUGAUACAAUCUCUAAGGCGAUAGUAGUGGGAAAAAUCCUAAGAAGCAUGGGAGCUAAGUAUAAUCACGUGGUGACUGUCAUUGAGGAGUCGCAUGAUAUUACUAAGCUUACACUAGAUGUGCUCAUAGCCUCCCUAUCCUCUCAUGAAGCCCGGUUGAUCAGCCAGUCUGAUCAAGGUGAUGAGAAGGCCCUUCAUGUGAGGAAUGAGCCGUUAUCUUCGAAGGACGCUGACAAAACACCUUCAAGAGGUCACGGGAGAGGUUCGUUCAGAGGUUCUGUACGAGGAAGAGGAAGAGGAAGAGGAAGGGGAGCAGAAAUGAAGGCGCAACAAAGUGAGCAAGGAGCUUCAAUGGUGGCGGAAGAGAAGGAAAAGGAAGUGAGUAAUCUAUUUAUGGUGCUUAAUGAAGGGGAGAGUUCGGUGAACUCGGUGUGGAUCAUCGACUCAGGUUGUUCUAAUCAUAUGACCAGAGAGAAUAGCUAUUUUACAGAGCUUGAUGAAUCCCAGAAGCUCAAGGUGAUAUUGGGGGAUGACAAGGAGAUAGCGGUGGAAGGAAGAGGUACAGUUGCCAUCAGUGCUGGAGAAGGGUGUGUAGAAGCUUUCUCCACAAUGUUCAGUUUGUCCCUGGCCUCGCUCAUAAUCUUUUGA